ACCAGUAUGCGCCGUGACGCUGAAAUUAUCAAACAUACCUCCACAGAUGUGGAGAAUUGGCUCAAGUAUGAUUUGCCCUGCAAUUGACUCUCAGUUCCAACUUAUUGAUUAAUCUGCAUCCAUCCCAGUGCCAGGAUGGGCCACGAUUGGGCAUGCUGAGGACACUGAGCGCCUCCCGGAAGCUGUGAAACGACGAGUGGGUGCUUUUCAGUGGCUUUUCGUGCAGUGCAAGUGAAAUACUGAGUGCAAGUGACGCUGGACGAUGGAUUUGGCCAUUGGGAUUAAGGACAAGUGUCGCCUGUGCGCCGUGGAUCUGGCCAACAUCCCGGCCAGCACGCGGAUCCUCCACUUGAACGAGAAGUCCGUCCUGGACAGAAUCAAGAAGUAUCUGCAAGUGACGGUGAAGCUGGACGACUACAUGCCAAAGAUUGUGUGCGAGAGAUGCUGCCAGAUCAUCAUGGACAUCGAUGAGCUGGCCAAGGUGGCGAAGAACACGCAGAAGUACUUCCUGAUGCAUCUCAAUGCGUCGCUGAAGAAGAUUGAGGAGCAGCAUGAGGAGGCGCCGAAGCGCUCGCGGAAGCGCGGCAGGAAGGCUUCGGGGAAGCAGGAGGUGCCGGUGAAUCCGCCGGUGUCUCUGGAACAGAUGAUCAACGAGCAGAUCUCGCGGAAUCCGCCGGGGGUGGAGAAAUGUCUCCACAGCGAUCCGCAAUUGAGUUUCUUAGCCGGCAACGAAGUUUCUAUUUAUGCGUAUGACGACUUGAAGCUGGGUCAGUUGAUUAAGGACACGGAGCUCCUAAAGCUGAUCCUGAAGGCGCUGAAGUGGGAGGAUCAGAACUUGGAUGUGCAGCUCGAGAGGCUGAAGAACACGAGCUUCAGGAAGAUUCUCAGCAACUCGAAUCUCCUCCACGACGGCGAUCUGCUCAGUCUGAUCAAGUCCUACGUUGGUCAGGACACUUUCACCAGCACCUUCAAGUCUUCAGACGCCGGCUCGGGCGUGGUGUAUGAUCUGCAGGUGAGCUACCAUCUGCCCAACGUCACGGUGACCACGGGAUGCCAGGAGAAGCAGACGGAGCUGAAGAAUCUCUACGGCGGCGAGGUGAGCGUGACCGAGAUGGAGGUGGGAGUGGAUCCGGAGCUCUUCCUGCCCUACGACGACGACACAGAGGCCACAAAUGGGGAGGGAAGCUGCGACAGCACGACUCUGAGCGUGGAUCUGAGCGAGCAGAGGGACUUUGAGGAUCUCCCGGCGGAGAAUAACAAUGAAGAGACGACCACUGACAUUCCAGACGUGGGAUUUCACUGCACCACGUGUCCGGAGAAGUUCCAGACGCACGUCCAGCUGCAGGAUCACGUGCUCACGCACUUGCUGAAGAAGAAGAGCAAGUCCGGCAAGAAUGGGAAGGAGAACGAGGCGAAGGUGAGGAACCUGGAAGAGGGAAAUCUCAUGGGGAAGUUCACUUGUCUCGUGUGCGACAAGAAGCUGUCCACCAAGGGGAAUCUCAAGGUGCACAUGGACACUCACAAGCCCAAGGGAAAGUACGCCUGCGACAAGUGUGGAAGGAUAUUCAAGACUGUAGUGAAUCUCGUGCGCCACAAGGAAUACCACAGCGGAAUAAAGUUCUCCUGCACCAUUUGCGGUCGCGUGUAUCCAACGAAUAGCACUCUGAAGGCGCAUAGCAUCACACACAGCAAUGUGAGACCCCACACGUGUUCCAUCUGCAAGAAGACAUUCAAGAGGAAUCAGGAUCUCAAGUUUCAUCUCAAUCAGCAUACGGGCGAGAAGCCCUACAAGUGCAUUUACUGUCCCAAGAGCUUCGCCAGCUCCGGCAACUGUUUCUCCCACCGGAAACGCAUGCAUCCUGAGGAGAUGAAGCUGUCCAGUCGCGACGAAGAGGCCAACGCCACGGACGCCAGGCCGUCGGGAGAGGUGUAAAUAUUCCACAGUACUUAUUUGUGUGCGUAAUGGCUAGAUAAUUGACUAUUUCUGUGAUAUGUUGAGAAAAUCCGUGGAAUUUCCUGGAAUAAAAUUGCGCCAUGUGAA